UCUCCCCACAAUGGCCCAAACUCUCCCACAACACAAGUACACCAUUCUUACCAUUCUCCUAUUCUCAUUUCUCCUGCAUGGAGAAUCCCAUAAAUUUUCAAGAAAGUUGUCACCAAAAUCACUUGGUUUGAAGAAACAAAAACUAAGCCACCUCCACUUUUACUUCCAAGACAUAGUUGGUGGCGAUCACCCCACCGCAUUGCGGGUGGCCCAGUCCUCCAUAACCAACACCUCCAGCACUCUGUUUGGUUUAGCGGUCAUGAUCGACGACGCUUUGACAGUGGGUCCUGAAAGAACUUCCAAGAUUGUGGGAAGAGCUCAAGGGAUCUACGCAUCUGCUGACUUGAAUCAAGCUGCCUUGAUGAUGGUUAUGAAUUAUGUAUUUUUGGAAGGAAAGUAUAAUGGAAGCACUCUGAGUAUAUUAGGGAGAAACCAAGUGUUCUUACCGGUGAGAGAGAUGCCGAUUGUCGGCGGGAGUGGACUUUUCCGUUUUGCACGUGGGUACGCGCUUGCAAAGACUCAUUUUCUCAAUAUGAGCAAUGGUGAUGCAACUGUUGAGUAUAACGUUUAUGUCCAACAUUAUUGAUUAUAUUCUUUGAUGUUGAGGACAAUAAAAACGUUCGAGAAGUUAACUUUUACAUAUUCUGUAUUUGUUUGAUUGUAUUUUACGUUUGAAAAUGGUAUCUGCAUUCCAGAAAGUGUUAGCUGCGCAAAUUGUUGCACAUCUGUUUUACAUCUCGAUGUAAAUUAAAUGAUAUAAUGAUUAUGCUUUCAUAUAUUUUCAUA